AUGUCGGACCUCAGUGAUUACCAAAAUCUAAGGCGGAACCACCCAGGGUGGUGUACUAUCGAAUCUGAACCGGCGAUAUUCAAUCAAAUACUGCGCGAUGCCGGUGUUACAAACACCCGUGUUAUUGAACUCUACUCGCUCGAUGAGAGUAUUCUGGAUGAGCCUGAGUACGCGCUUCUUCCUGUUUCCAAUUUUCCCGGGGCUUAUAUCGAUCUAGCCCAAUAA